AUGUCUGUUUUUCAGGAGGAAGAAUUUCUUGAAAAUGAAGUGAUAGAGGUAAAGAAUAAAAAAACGUUAAGCAACUCUGAUAAUGAUUAUUGUAGUUUUGGUCAGCUCAGAAAUGGGUCAAAAAGCAAGCCCUUGUCUUUCUAUUCUUAUCAAGUGCUCAGUGAUUAUGGGUCUCCUUCGUUGGAUCACAACAAUUUAAAGAAACAAUCCUUCUUUCAUGGUCCAUCAUCACAUUCAUUGACUCACGAUUGGCUCAUGAAUUCCUGUGUUGAAACUUGCAGACCUGAAGAUGGAGCACAAACUGAAGAUGACACGAAGAAUGCAGGAUGUUUGGUUGACGACCAAGUAUUGCCUGCACUUUCAACAGGAGAUGACAACUUUGAUGAGCCAACGUGGAUGAAGUAUGUGACUGAUGAGGUCAACAAGCAAUCUAUCAACAUGCCUCUUACAACAGCCACUCUUGAAAUCGUUUCUGACUCUUUGAAUGGCUCGAGUGAAAAUAUUUCGGCAAUUCAAUCCAAUGAAGAUUCCAUUGAAACUCCUGCUCGUAACAUUUCACUUGACCAUUUUUCAACGCCACACAGAGCUGCUAAUCAGCUAAACUAUUUACAAGAUAUAUCAAAAGCUUCAUUUUCAACUCCGCCAUCAGAAACAAAAACUUCAUCUACAUCCUACCAAAACUCAACUUUGCUCUCUAAAGACAGCGUGCCUUCUCAUCUAACAUCUAUUUCUGCAAAAACUUUGUCCUCGCCAUCACUUCCUGAGCCAAGUGCUCCGUCAUCAGCUACCAUAAUUAGGUCUGGUGUUUCAUUAUUGCCUUUGAAAGUAAACAUAUUCUCAUCUAUAUCGUCGCACCCUUCCAAUGCCUUGUUGACUCCUAGUUCAGAAAGAUGUCUUGAGGUCUGUUAUUUGAAUCCACCUCCUAAAGUUCUGAAGAAGAAGCUAUCGGACUCAGAAGAUAACAUAUCAUUUUCAUCAUCCAGAUCGUCUGCUACCUAUCGUCAAUCAUUAUCAACUCCUUCAACCAUCCCAUCAUCCACUCCUCAGUAUUUGUAUUGUGACCACAACAUUAGUUCUUCAGUUGAUCAUUUGUUUGCCUAUCACGAUGGCAUAGCAAGAAAGCAAUAUUGUGUAGUGGAUUCUACGCAUCAAACCAAUCAUGCUAGAAUUUGUGAAUUGCCUGUCAAAAAUCUUUCCGAGGAUAAAUCAAGUUGUUCGGCUUGUGGCUUCUGUAUCGGUGAGAGACUGUUUUUUAAAUAUUCUGAUAUAAGUUUACUACUGUUCUUUUUUCUGCUGAUAUUUUGA